AGCGUGGAUUUCUCACGUAUUUAAUUCAUUAAAUACCACAAGCACAGAGUUUACUGCCACAAAUUUUCAUAAUAAUAAUUAAUUUACAGUUACAAUCACAAUUUAAGUAUUUACUUGCACUCAGAAAACAAAUCAUAACAAAAUUCCGCGUAAAGCUCAAGUUUAAACUGUUUUGUUUUCAAACAAACUACGAAGUAGUUCCUACACCAACCACACGGCAGCACACGAAUAUCGAUGAUGUACUUACUAGUUCGGCAUUUUUCCAUAGAUGGCACUUUUACCAAUUCUCCAAAUUAUUAAUCAAAAUUAACUAAAUUAUGAAUUUCUGUAUGUUUGACAUUCGUAACGAAUUAAUGAGUCAAAGUACGUAUUUAUUUACGUUUCUAACUAAGCUUUUAUAGUAUAAACUGUUUUGUUUUCAAACAAACUACGAAGUAGUUCCUACACCAACCUCACGGCAGCCCACGAAUAUCGAUGAUGUACUUACUAGUUUGGCAUUUUUUCAAUAGAUGGCACUUUUAUCAAUUCUCCAAAUUAUUAAUCAAAAUUAACUAAAUUAUGAAUUUCUGUAUGAUGUUUGACAUUCGUAUCGAAUUAAUGAGUCAAAGUACGUAUUUAUUUACGUUUCUAACUAAGCUUUUAUAGUAUAAACUGUUUUGUUUUCAAACAAACUACGAAGUAGUUCUUACACCAACCUCACGGCAGCACACGAAUAUCGAUGAUGUACUUACUAGUUUGGCAUUUUUUCCAUAGAUGGCACUUUUAUCAAUUCUCCAAAUUAUUAAUCAAAAUUAACUAAAUUAUGAAUUUCUGUAUGAUGUUUGACAUUCGUAUCGAAUUAAUGAGUCAAAGUACGUAUUUAUUUACGUUUCUAACUAAGCUGAAUAUGACACAUGUAAGAAAGAGAAGAUAGCGAUAGUGCGAAUAUCGUCUAGUUGACUCGCACUCGUUGUCAGUAAAUAAUGAAGCGAAGUAGUCAGUUUUAAUACCCUUAUUCAUCAUCGGUAAUUCAAAAUAUUAUUGCAACCAAAUAUCGGGUAGAUAAUAGUUAUCAAGAGUAGCCACAACGGCAAAUAACACCCAUGUCUACCUACUUGUAACUCAUUCGGCGUUGAGGCUAGGGUUGCCAACUUCUUAACUUAGGAAAAAAAUGUAUGAGAAAAAAAGGGAUUUUUCAAAUUUGAUGUUUUUAGUGCUUAAAAACUUUUUUGUGUGUUAACAAUUUUUUGUUAUCUUUAUCACAGUAAAUGAAUUGUGAUAGGUUUACGUUUAUUUUUUUUUUGUAUCCUAGAAUGUAAGUGUUUUGGCUCCCGCUGUAAACUUUCAUUUUGAUGUUAAUAAAUAAAUAAAACUUGUUUGAUAAUCAACAUUUAAAUUGAAAAAAAUAAACAAAUCGUUUUUAAUUAAACUUUUGUCUACCUGCUGCCUACUUUAGAAUUAUGUCUGCACAACUUUUUUAGUGAAAGCUGACUAUUCACUCGCUAUCGACAAAAUUGUACAGAAAUGAAAUGACGUGGGUUUUGUUUUAUUUCAUUUAUAGCAAGUGAAUUGAGUGAUAUUUGUAUAAAUGUCACAGUCUAAUAUCAUUCUCAGUCAUUCUAAUAUUUCGUUUAAUGAUUAUAAACUAUUAAUGCUAAAGAAGAAAAAAAACUUUAAGUAAACAUAAUGUGUAUUUUGUUUAUGCAUCACAGUAAAGGUUGAAAAUAAAGUAUUUUUGCAAACUUUAUUUAAAUGUAAACGCAUAAAGUAUAAUUACCAAAAACAAAGUAAGAUACGUUACGUUAUUAGAAAGUAUGGUAGGCAACCCUAGUUGCGGCGGUUGUUCCUUGGCGACGCCGCCGCGCCGGCGCCAAUUGAUGAAACGAACGUUCGUUUUCCGACCUAUCCCAUAAAAAAUUGCGAAUAUUUAUUUUUCAAAGAUCUUUAAUAAAUUAGUAAUAAUUUUACGUAAAUAAAUAGAAGUAUUAACAUCAGAGAAACAAAACUGAUAGGUAGUAGAUACAUUGGCCAGCAGAUCAACCUACUCCAAUAUGUCAAAUGGAUUUUCGACUUUAUGUCAAUACAAUAAAGUUGAAAAUGUAACAGAGAAAAGGAUUAGUAGAAGCGCUGUGCGGUCGGUUUCUUUUGACGGCUUUUCGCGGAAGACAAGCGGCGCGCGCGGCGGCAUCGUAAAAGGGGUAUGUACCCUUUCGGUACGCCGCGUUUGUUUUGAGUAAAGCCGCCACGCCGGCGCCGUGAGCUUUUGGCACGCGCCGAUUCAUCAGUUCACUGCUAGCCUUCCGGGAUAGUGUGUGUGCUUUUCGCAACCUUCGGUGGAUUACGCGCGCGUUGUAUUCAACUGUUGUUAUUAGUUUUUCGUUUAGUUCUUAGUUUUAUUAUUAUUUAGUUUUUUUACUGUGAAAUAGACACUAACAUUAGUAUUUUAGUUAAUUGUGUAAUUUAGGAAAUUUUCGUUUAUUUUACUUUUUAGUGUGUGUGUGUGUGUGUUGUGCCGAAAUGCCGCGACAUUAUUACAGUGCUGCAGAGUACACGGACAUGAUUUUGAUGUACGGUGAAUGUCAUCAGAAUGCAGCGUUGACUCUGCGGACUUAUCGAGAGAGAUACGGAGCAUCUCGUCACUGCCCGACUGAUGUUCGUACAAUUAUUAGUGCUGUACAAAGACUUAGAGACAAUCAGCCGCUGAUGCCUAAUACCCAUGAUGGAGUUGCUGGACAGCAAACUUCAUCGAACUUGGAACAAAGGGUUUUAACCCAUUUUCGUAAUAACCCAACCUGCAGUCUUAGGCAAGCAGGGCGUACGUUUCACGUGCACCAUCGGACGAUACACCGAAUCCUCAAAAAGGACAAAGUACGUCCGUACAAGUACUGUAAGGUGCAGGCGCUGCUGCCACGUGACAAGCCCGUGAGAGAAAUGUAUUGUCGCUGGGUGUUAGACCGGAUUGCUCAAGACCAACAUUUCGUGAGAAAUGUGUUUUGGACAGACGAAAGCACAUUUACUCGAAACGGCAUGUGGAACCGACAGACCAUGCGACACUGGAGCCAUACCAAUCCCCACUUAAUAAGGGAAUCAGCGCAUCAGUACCGGUUUUCCGUAAAUGUUUGGGCCGGCAUUCACGGAGAAAACAUAGUGGGUCCGUUCUUCAUUGACGGAAAUCUGAAUGCUCAGAAGUUCUUAGAACUCUGUGACGGUCCAAUUUCUGAGUAUUUAGAUGGAUUGUCUGUGGCAGCAAACUCAAGGGUAUGGUUCCAGUUGGACGGAGCUCCUCCACACUCCGUACUCCUUGCAAGAGAGCGGCUGAACAUAAUGUUUGGUGACCAAUGGAUUGGGCGCUUUGGUCCCCAAAGAUGGCCGGCACGAUCACCCGACCUAACACCCCUGGACUUUUUUUUAUGGGGAUUCAUUAAAAAUUAAGUAUACGCGAGGGUAUCAGAAAGCGAAGCUGAGCUCCGAACACGGAUUGUCGACGCUUUCGAUAAAUUAAAAACAAUGGCCUUGGAUCCUGACCGAAAUUUAUUGCGCAGGGUUCGACACAAUAUCGUACGGCGAUAUAGCUUAUGUGUCCAAAACCGUGGUGGACACAUUGAACAUUUAAAAAUUUAACUGGGCCAUUGCUUAAUUGUGGUGUGUGCAAAGAAAGUGGCGAGAAAUCGCAUUCGCAAGGGUAGUCUCCAAAGAUAAUCCAUGAUCAUUCAUCACAACAACUCAAUAAGCAGAGUGAAUGAGCCGGCAUGUCAUCGUGUGUGUGUGUGUGUCGCCCGAACGCAGACGCCACGUUGCCGCUCUUCUGGGGUCAAGGUACGUUGAUACACGGAGUGUUACACUUCUUUGAAUUUAUUUUACUAUUUGUUUUGUUUGAAAAUUUCACUUUUUUAAUUUAAGGUUUUUGUUUACAUUUUUGUUGGAUUGUACUUCUAUGUAAUAGUUCUACUUUAUAGUAUAAAUUAUUGUAUAAGAGCGAUACACAUACUGUAUAAGU